AUGGAGGUGCGUUGCGGCGGGCUGCUCUUCAGCUCCCGCUUCGACUCUGGCAACCUGGCGCGGGUGGAGCAGGUGGGGCCGCCCGAGGGCCGCGCCGCGCCCGGCGGCUCCGCGCUGCCAGCCGCCGACUACGAGUUCAACGUGUGGACGCGGCCCGACUGCGCGCACACCGAGUACGAGAACGGCAACAGGUCGUGGUUCUACUUCAGCGUGCGCGGCGGCGCGCCCGGGAAGCUGAUCAAGCUGCACAUCCUCAACAUGAACCGGCAGAGCCGGCUGUACGCGCACGGCAUGGCGCCCUUCGUGCGCACCGUGCCCGGGCGGCCCCGCUGGGAGCGCGUCCGCGAGCGGCCCUGCUUCCAGAUGGUGGAGGCCCAGUUUGUGCUGUCCUUUGUGCACCGCUUCCUGGAGCACCGCGGCACCACCACCUACUUUGCCUUCUGCUACCCUUUCUCCUACACGGAGUGCCAGGAGAUGCUGGCGCAGCUGGACAGCCGCUUUGAGGAGUGCCGGCACAUGGCUCCCAGCAGCCCCCUGGACUCAGUCUAUUACCACCGGGAGCUGCUGUGCCACUCCCUGGACAAGCUGCGCGUCGACCUGCUGACCGUCACCUCCUGCCACGGCAUGCAGGAGCAGCGUGAGCCGCGGCUCGACAAGCUCUUCCCAGACACGGCCACGCCACGGCCGCGCUGCUUCACGGGCAAGAGGGUGUUCUUCCUGAGCAGCCGCGUGCACCCUGGUGAGACGCCCUCCAGCUUCGUCUUCAAUGGCUUCCUGCACUUCAUCCUGCGCGAGGAGGACCCCCGUGCCCAGAUGCUGCGUCGCAUGUUCGUCUUUAAGCUCAUUCCCAUGCUGAACCCAGACGGAGUGGUGCGAGGUCACUACCGGACUGACUCGCGUGGUGUCAACCUGAACCGACAGUACCUCAACCCCGAUGCCGAGCUGCACCCCGCCGUGUACGGGGCCAAAGCAGUGCUGCUGUACCACCACGUGCACAGCCGUGUGCUGCCGGGCAGCCCCGACUGGAGGACCUACGUCUCGCCGCUCAGCACCAGUGUGCUCAGCACCAGAUCUUCCAACCAUUCCGUCCCAGAGGCAGCGCUGUCGGAGCUGGAGAAAACCAACAACCUCCGCAACGCUUCCAGCACUUGGAGUCAGGGCCUCGACCCUUCUCAGAAACCCCAGGUGGACCUGAUCCUCCCUGCACGGCGCUGCGAGGAGGAAGCUGGGCAGCCGCUGCCGCUUCCCGAAGCCAUCCUGCCCCAGCACAGCGGGCUGGCUUACUAUGUCGACCUGCACGGGCACGCCUCCAAGCGUGGCUGCUUCAUGUAUGGGAACAGCUUCAGCGAUGAGAACGAUCAGGUGGAGAACAUGCUGUUCCCUAAGCUCAUCUCCUUGAACUCACCUCACUUUGACUUCACGGGCUGCAACUUCUCAGAGAAGAAUAUGUAUGCCAAAGACAAGCGGGACGGGCAGUCCAAGGAGGGCAGUGGGCGUGUGGCCAUCUACAAAGCGCUGGGGAUCAUCCACAGCUACACACUGGAGUGCAAUUACAACACGGGCCGCUCGGUGAACAGCAUCCCUCUGGCCUGCCACGACAACGGGCGCGCCAGCCCCCCGCCGCCACCCUCCUUCCCCUCCAAAUACACCGUGGAGCUGUUUGAGCAGGUCGGUAGGGCGCUGGCCGUGGCUGCACUGGACAUGGCAGAGUGCAACCCGUGGCCGCGCAUCGUGCUGUCGGAGCACAGCUGCCUCAGCAACCUGCGGGCCUGGAUGCUGAAGCACGUGCGUGGCAUGCGGGGCAACGGAGCCUGCGUGCAGAAGAGAGAAGGCCGCAGCCCCCCCAGGAGUGCCGGCGGGCUCCCGACCUCAGCCUCAGAGAGCGCCCUGUCCCGCGUGCGCAGCUUCAGUCACGGCAGCCAGCAGGACUCGCCCCGCGUCAGAGCCUCGCCCAGCUUCCCAGGUGCUGCUGUGGAUGCUCCGGGCCCGCAGAAGGGUGACACGCAACCCCCGGCACCGCUCCGAGGGUUCCUGCCAGCAGGUGCCUGUGUGGAGUCAGCGUUGGGUGCCAGCUACAGACUGCGGGAGGCUCCGCACCGUGGUGGCAGCAAGCCGGGGGCUGUGCACAGCACCGUGAUGCUUCAGGUGUUCCCAAAGAAGCUGAAUGCCAGGAGGGCCCUGGAGCAGCCCGGCCCGGGGGGGCUCACCACCCGCCCCAGCAGGAUCCCAGUGCGGAGGAAGGCGGCAGCAGCCCUGAGCUUUCCUGUGCUCAGCUCCAGCAGCUCUACAGCCCUCCAAGCCCCGACACACAGCUAUGCUGCCCUCUGCACCACGCGGUCUACCCCAGACAGUGCUGUCCCGACUGCCCUGGUACAGGAGGGCAGCAAUGCAGCACCAGCCCCAACCCCACUCCCCGUACCUCCAGCACCCUGCCUGGAGACCCCAGUCUCUGGCAGCAGGGCACCCAGCGUGGAGCAGCUGCUGGGCGAGGGUCUGCGCCCCCAGGUACAGCCCAGGGGGUGGCAGGGGAACGUGGCACAUGCGGGGGCCUCCAUCUCUGGCCUCUCCCCACCCGCUGUCCUGCUUUGCAGUGCCCACCCAGCCUCACCGCCGCCCGCCCCGUGCUGCGCUCCUACCGGCAGCUCUUCUCCUUCUGUGCUGAGGCCUGAGCGUGGCCACAGGCACCGGACCUGCACGUGCCACGGCUGUGUGCCCAACCCAGGAGCCACCGCACGGCGAAGCCGCAGCCGCCAGCAGCGCUGCAUUCGGUGCCAUGCGCGGGGUUGGGGGCCACCCUGCUCAGCCCCGAGGCCCCGAGGCAUUUUUACAUAA